AUGCGGUUCAAAGAAGUUGGACUGCUUUUCUGCCAGCUACUGGCGGUGCUCAUCUUCGCGGCCGGGUUCUUUCCGCAGAAGAAGGUGUUAAAGGGUGAUGCCCAGUUUCAGUACAUGGCCGAGACACAGCGGGCGCUAGAGCCCGCGUUCGACAAGUUAGUUCUGGUCGUCAUAGAUGCACUGCGUGCAGACUUCCUCUUUCAGCAGAAUGUGUCGCAUUUCGACUUUGUGCAUGAGCUGCUAAACCGGGGAGAAGCGUGGGGUUUCACUGCGUAUUCAAACCCGCCGACGGUGACACUGCCCAGGCUGAAAGGGAUCACGACUGGGUCUGCGCCGAACUUCCUUGACGCGAUUCUCAAUGUGGCAGAGGACGACAGCUCGUCAAACUUGAAGGACCAGGAUUCGUGGAUCAGCCAGUUUGCCAAGCAUGGCAAGAAAAUCCACUUCUUCGGCGACGACACCUGGCUGAAGCUCUUCCCCGAGGAGUUCUUCCAGAAGCACGACGGCACCAACUCCUUCUUUGUCAGUGACUUUGAGGAGGUUGACACGAAUGUUACACGGCACUUGCCGCAUGAGCUGCAGCACAAGGACUGGGAUGUGCUCAUCCUGCACUAUCUGGGGCUCGACCAUAUUGGGCACAAGGGCGGAGCAGCGUCACAAUUCAUGCCCCCAAAGCACCGGGAGAUGGAUGCAGUAAUCCGUCAGAUCUACGACCAGGUGGACAACAGAACGCUCCUGUGUGUCAUGGGAGACCAUGGAAUGAACGACCUUGGCAAUCACGGCGGGUCGUCUGCCGGGGAGACCAGUGCCGGUAUGGUCUUUAUCUCCAAGAUGCUAUCCUCGUACCCGCGGCCGGCAGCACAAGACGGCGUAUCUUCCCCUGUGACUGCAGCUGAAGACUACCAGUUCUUCACGAGGAUCCAGCAGGUAGAUUUCGUGCCAACCAUAGCUUCGCUGUUCAAUAUACCGAUACCCAAGAACAGCCUGGGGGUGUUUGUCAGGGAAUUCUCAUCCUUGCUUGGGCAGCACGCGACCACGAAGAUCAUUGAAAACUACCAUCAGCUAAUGCAACUUGCCGCAAAGAAGACCGCUGCCCGGGGCAACGAUGAUAUUGACUCCAUGCUUGCCGAGAUGAAGGACGUACAAGCAACACUGGCCCGGACAGCGACAAAUUACAACUACGCUAUGCUAUUUCUUGGGGUGGGCAUGCUUUCAAUUGUCACUGCUGCUACCGCAUAUUGCUACAUUUCAAGUGCUCGUUUGAAUGAGGCUUCUGUCCUAAUGAUUGCAGUCACCGCCCUAUUGGGAUCCAGCGUCUUUGGAAGUAGUUUCGUGGAGGAGGAACACCAGAUCUGGUGGUGGAUCAUUAUUGCUGUCGUGGGAUAUUCGUGGGCGACUCGUCCCUCCUGCACUCCCUCGCAUCUGGUGUUUCUUGUGUGCGCGCGGCUAUUGCGUGGUUGGAACAAUAGUGGCCAAAAGUUCAUGUAUGACUUCACGGUCGCAGAACUUCUGAAGUCACACCCUUCAAUAAAAUGGCUACUGGUGUGUGCUACGCUUGCGGUGGUGGCCCUGGACGGGUUCACAGAGCGCCCGCUUCUCAGCAUAUUUAACCUGCUAGCCGGGCUGCUCUGUUUUGUCUAUAAGACUUGUUGGGCAAACGUGAAUGGCGAAGUAUCACCAACGUAUGCCCAAACACUGGUCACCAAAGCAUGCAGCCUUUUAUUUGCCGGCGGGACCCCUUGGGACGAUAAGCAGCUACUUGUUCCACUUGCACGGCUGUUUUUCAAGGUUACCGCUGCGAUCGUAUGUAUGCGGAUUGCUUACAACGUCGUCUUUGCGAAACGCAAGUUCCUUUCCGAACUGUUCCCUCUGUUCACCAUUGUCCUCAUCAUGCAGACCGCAUCGCAGAAUAUACCACUGUUCUUGGUGUUCACCAUCAUGAGGUCGUCGCUGCGGAAUAUACUCCGCGUCGGUUAUCCACAGCAGCGGUGCGAGAUGUUCUUCGUGCUCUCUUUGAUCUUGCAGAAUCUUUCAUUCUUCCAGUUUGGUGGCACCAACUCAAUCGCGACUAUCGACCUAACAAACUCCUACAAUGGCAUCUCGGAGAACUACAACAUCUACGUCGUGGGUCUGUUGAUGUGCAUCGGCAACAUGGCGCCUGCCAUAUAUUGGUCACUGGCAGCUGUGGUUGAUCACCAACUCUACAGCAAGAAAUCCUACGCCCAGCAAAAGCUGUCCUCGAUGUUCUUCUAUUCUGUAAACAGUUUGUUACUUCUGGUCGCUUGUAUCUGCAUGCGCUAUCAUCUUUUCAUCUGGAGCGUUUUCAGCCCGAAGUUGUGCUACCUUCUGGGCUGGAACAUCCUCAUCCACUUUCUCACUGAGACGGUGCUUGAACCUUUCUUGCUCAUGGUGGCGGGCUGA